ACAUCACACAGAGCGCAGGGAUGCAGAAAACUAUCCCUGGCUGCUUCUUCCAGCAAAUGUAUUCUUCCCUAACUGGCAUUUCAAUGGAGAGAGACCACAUGAGAGAUCUCAGAAGAUACCUGGCACUGAAGUAUAUCCAAUACCUCGUCCUGUCUUCCUCCAACACCGUCAGCACCCUGCUGGGGCUGGUGGGCAGCGUGUACACCAUGAUCCUCCUGCAGUCUGCCAACAUCUCCUCCAAGUCCACUGCAGUCUUCAUUUCCAGCCUGGCCCAGGCAGACAUCCUGGUUUUCCUUAGCCUUGUGUCUGAGGUGGUUUUGGGGAGUUUUGGUGCCGCUGUCUCGCAGAUCCUCCUCACGGCCAAUGCCCACGUGAGCUGUGUCCUGCUCAGCUGUGUGGCCUUCGAGGCCUAUCUGAUCACCUUCCUGCCCUCAGAGUCACGGCCCCUACGGACAGUCAGGAAUGCCAGGAGGAUAUCCAGGGUGAUCUGGACGCUGGUGGCCAUGGAGUGUGCCCUGUUCCUCAUGGAUGACCACCUGAGUGCCAGCGGCCCUUGGGGGCUCCUGUUCCAGCUCUCCAGCGUGGCCGUGGCCCUGCUCAGGUCCCUCAGCUACAUCCUGGGAAUUCUGCUGAGGAUUAUCAACGUGUACAUCUACUACAAGAUAUUUUUCAGCAUGUCUCCCAGGUCUAGACUCAAAUCCAAGUAG